AUGCAUCAGAGUUCAGAUAGCUUUAGUCUAUGCAGCAAAGAUAACAAGAGUGGAUACGGGUCUGGAAAAAGUAUUUCUGAGGCAUUGCAAAACUAUAUUAGACACGCCCUGGAAGGUGAAACUGUCACAAGCAACGGUAUGGGAAUAAUGACAAACUCUGAUAAACCUGUAUCUCCUCUUUUCGCUGGAAUAUCCGUGAAAAUAAGUGAUGAUGAGAGUGCUUCGUUUUUGGAUUCUAUCAACCGUGUGAACAAAGAAUGGUUACCAAUAUGCUCUCCACUCUUUGGCCACGAGUUCACUGAACAUUGUGAAACAUGUGAAUCCUCGACUAUCCACAAAAAUAUUAGCAUAGCAGAAGAAAAUUGCUCCUCAAUACGUCUGCAAGACAGUCAUCACAUUACACUCUAUUUUUUUGGAAAAGUUAAGAAAACACCUGAAGAGAAGGAAAAGGACGCACAGUGGAUAAAGGAACAGUUAGAUAAAUUAGACCCUAACUACAGGGUUAUGCUGGAUAAUUUGACACCUUAUGAAUUUGCUGUAGCACUAUUCUACAAAAAAUUCUACAAGAUUCCAUUCUUGUUUGAGGAUGCACACACUGAAAAGGUUGAACACGUGGAACCCAGACAUGGAUUUCCCAUGUGCUGCAAAAAUGUACAAGUUAAGAAUGACCAAGAAGAGCCUAGUUUGGUUCCCGUAAAAAUGCAUUAUCUGGUGCUUGUUCCCGGCGUAGUACUGUUAGCCAUCGUUUCACUUGGCAAAUCGAUAGUAAGUAUUCCAGCCAAGGACUUUAAAACAUUCAGCUUGCUCGAAAAGGUUCCAUUUGUUUCUGAGGAGCAUGGUCUCUGUGGUAGCAGAGUAGGUAGCUUAAUUAAAAAAUGUGAAAAUGGAAAUUCAGUAAUGGUGGAAGAUCAUCACUGUACACAUAUUACUUUGGGCACUGCUAAAGAAUAUAAACCUGUCAUUUCAAAUAACAUAUGCGAAGCGAUCCAAUCUUAUCUCACAUAUGCCAACGCAAAGUGUUCUCACAACAAAGAGUGCUCCGGUGUAGUUAAAAUCAGCAAGCACGACAUUCCAAAAAAAGUAUCAAUUGAGGAGUUAUCUAGCAAUCUUAAGGUAUAUUCUAGUGGACCAUACACAUUUGGGGACAUAAAACUUGGUUUCGUUGCUAGCAUACCUUGGCUUCUAAGCGGUAGUCCUAAGGAGAACGAAUUAUGCGAACCCGAAAAACCACUCAACAUGCAGCAUCAUAAGGGAAACCAUCAUUUCAAAAUAAAGGAUGAGUAUAAGGAUAUUUAUAGAGACACCACAUGUUUCUUUUCAGAAGAUCAUAGUUGGUUCUAUAUAAGGAAGUUACCUGUUGUGCAGGAACAUGAAUCUGGAGAUAACAACAAUGCAAAAUGGCUUGUUGAUGCAUAUAUAGUGCCUAUAAACAAGAUUAUCACUGGAAAUAUACAAUUUAAUGGUUAA